GCCAAGAUGGCGGCGCGGGUGGCGCAGGGGCCGGCAGCCGGCGGGCGCGCCUAGGCCGCGGCGCCCGCCCCCCCCUCCCCUUCCCCCUUCUCCAUCCCGGGCGGGCUCCCCCCGCCGUCGCGGCCCCCCCCUACCCCACCCCCCUCACCCCCCUACCCCCCCCCCAAACCCCUUCGGCAGCGCGGCGGCCGGCAGGAUGCUGCCCUCGCAGGAAGCCUCCAAGCUCUACCAUGACAACUACGUGCGGAACUCGCGCGCCAUCGGCGUGCUCUGGGCCAUCUUCACCAUCUGCUUCGCCAUCAUCAACGUGGUGGUCUUCAUCCAGCCCUACUGGGUGGGCGACAGCGUCAACACGCCCAAGCCCGGUUACUUCGGGCUGUUCCACUACUGCGUGGGCAGCGGGCUGGCGGGCCGGGAGCUGUCGUGCCGCGGCUCCUUCACCGACUUCAGCACCAUCCCCUCGGGCGCCUUCCAGGCGGCGGCCUUCUUCGUGCUGCUGUCCAUGGUGCUGACGCUGGGCUGCAUCACCUGCUUCGCCCUCUUCUUCUUCUGCAACACCGCCACCGUCUACAAGAUCUGCGCCUGGAUGCAGCUGCUGGCAGCGCUCUGCCUGGUGCUGGGCUGCAUGAUCUUUCCCGACGGCUGGGAUGCAGAGACCAUACGGGACAUGUGCGGGGAGAAGACGGGGAAGUACUCCUUGGGAGACUGCUCCGUGCGCUGGGCUUACAUCCUGGCCAUCAUCGGCAUCCUCAACGCCCUCAUCCUUUCCUUCCUGGCCUUUGUCCUCGGCAACCGGCAGAACGACCUGCUGCACGAGGAGCUCAAGACAGAGAGCAAAGAUUUUGUCGGCACUGCGAGGAUAUAAGGCCGAGUGCCCACAGCAGGACCUUCUUCCCACGGCCGGCAGCCUGGGCGCUCCCUCCCCAUCCUGCCCUUCGUCUGCUGCCGGCGGCCACGCAGCAUCCCGCGCCGCCCCCCGGGCCCCGCUGCCUGCACCGGGGAUGUGCCGGCUGCCCGCCGCGUCUACGGCCACCUCCAUGUCCACGCCGGCACCACCAUCCCACGCACCCUGCCAGCUCCGCACCCCCCGCCGCCUGCGGGCCGCUGCCGGGGCGGGAUGCCCCAAACCUGCUUCGUUCGAGAACAGCGUCCAACUGAGGUUUUGUUUCAAGGAAAAAACAGUCUCAGAGUUUUUAACAGAUUUCUACAUCCCCAGGACUCCCAACCUGCUGUCUCCCACCUGAACGCGUGCCCAGUGACGCCCCGCACCAGCUGCUCCGGGCCCCGGCCCCCUCCCUGCUCCCAUUUUGUACAGCUCCGUGAUCCUGUCUCCACAGCCGGGGGACCUGGCAGCCGGGACAGGGCCCAACCCCUACUUUUACGUGUAAAUUCAUAUUCUCUAAACAGGGUAAAGUGACUCGAGCCCCCUCGCCCCCCACCCCAGGAGCCCAGCCCCAGGAUGUGGUGUGGCCCGGCGCGUGGCCGGGGCUGCAGGCUGCUGCUUGCUCCCCCCCCAGCAUAGGGACCGCAGGGGCCUCGCUGCUGCCGGCCACUGGGACACCCGACUCGCGCCGCUGCUGAAUGUAAGCCCUGGUAAGUGGGAGCAGCUGAACAUGCAAAACCCCCGGGCAGGUGCAAGAGGACCCCUCCGCCAGCCCCCUCCCUGAGCCGGCCGCGGGCUGUUGCCAAACACCUUCCCUCUCCAUCCCCAUACGGUGCUUUAUCUCCACUGGUGACGGCAAGGCUCUCCCUGCCACACGGUGUGGUCGGGGGGUACCCGGGCACUCCUGUGGUGGCAUCCUGGCCGUGUCCCCUGGCUGCACCUCGCUGGCCCGUGGUGAUGGCCCGCAGGGAGCCGGCGGCAGCUGCCCGGGGCAGCGCUGAGCCCCAGCAGCCUCCGAGCACGACCCAGCCUCAAUUGCACACACACAGCACCCAAGAGCCGGCACCGACACCCCUCCCCGGCACGGGCGGCCGCAGCCCGGCUGCGGCUCUGCUGGCCAGACCGGCACAUGUGGGCUUCCCCAGGUCCCGGCCGCGGUGGGGCUCGGGUCACCGCAGCCCUUGCAAUGCAAUAAAGUCCUCAGCACUGGCCGCGUCUCAGCGCGAGUAGCCGGGGGCUGUUUGCAGGGCCCCCAGCUCCCCGGGGAGCGACAGGCCAGGGGCAGAGCUGCACCCAGUGGGAGCGAGGCCGAGCCAGGCGCAGAGAGGAGAGCGGGACCGCGGCCCCGGGAUGGGCAGCCCUGGGGCAGAGGAGCCGCUGCCAACGGGGCAGGGCACGUGGAGGCUGCUGGGGGAUGGCAAUGAAGGGCUCUGCUGGAACCAUCGCCCAGCCCGGCGAGCCAGGGCGCCCAGGGCCGGCGGGAGCAGGUAAGUCGUGCCCUGAGGCCCUGCGGGGCGGCGGUGAGGGAUGGAGCUGUGCCGAAACACCGGCUGGGAGCCAAAGUCACUUGGGACGGCGUGGGUGCUGGCGCUCCUGCCAAGGGCCUCUGCCAGCCACGAGCCCGGCGGUGCCCGCGUCCCUCCGGCAGCCGCCCCCCUGGAGCGGGGCCGGCAGGAACCCCCCAUGCCCGGCCCCGGCAGCGCCCGGGUCUUGCCAACUUGUGCGUGCUGUUGCCGGCUGAAUUGGAAAAACAAACGAAGAAAAUCAGUGGAGAAAGGAAUACAGUAGCUGUAAUAUAUCUGUAUUUUAGUACAAAGUUUGAUACGGUGUUUCACAAAACCUUAUUGAAAAAUAUAAUUCAAACCAGA